GCCAGGCCGGUGUGCAAGUCUCUCUGCCUGCUGUGAUGGAAGUCCGGUUGGGCGAAGAGGUGCCAAUUCCCUGCACGCAUAACGUGUCGGAAGGAGAGGAUUUUCACCUGGUGGAGUGGUUCAUCACGGACAGGAACGGGGAGCAGCGGCGUGUGGCCUACAACGAUCAGGUCCAGCAGGGCGUGGACAGAGGCACCGAAUACAAAGACCGAGUCACCAUGGACACCAACUACAGCUUGGUCAUCAAAUCCGUGGACGUGAGUGACGAGAGGACUUUCUCUUGUCAAGUGACCAGCAGUUCAGGGACUGGAACGGGAGCCACCCAACUCAAGGUGUACGACCCCCCUGAAACUCCUGAAGUGACGCAUAACAGUGGGACCCUCUCUGUGACGGGAGAGUAUGCUUCACAGAUUGCAACCUGCAGCAGUAAAAAUGCAAAUCCACUGCCGACCAUCAGCUGGUAUAAAGAUGGGCACCUCCUUAAUGCCUCCACUGAACUCAAUAGGGAACUGUAUGUGGUAUCCCGGACGGUGAAGGAAGCGUCGGGGCUCCUGUCUCUCUCCAGCACUCUCUAUCUGCUCCCGAAGAAGUCUGACAAGGACUCAGCCUUCCACUGCAAGGUCACCUACACCAUGCCCCAUGGGGAAGUCCACACGGCCGAAACACCACCUUUCCACCUCACCCUGCACUACUACACGGAGAACGUGGAUUUUGCUCUGGAGUCUUCAGAGGUCAUCAAGGAAGGGGAUGACGUGCAGCUGCGUUGCAAAGCCGAUGGGUCUCCUCCACCCGAGUUUUUCUUCUUCAAACUACCGGCUUCCGGAAGCCAGGACCCAGAAACACCGCGUGAGAUCGAAUCAAAUCUUCAGGGCAUCCUGCACCUCCGCCAAGUGACUAAGGCUGACAGCGGGACUUACCAGUGCCAAGCGCUUGACUUUGACAGCCCCCCUGAAGUCAUUCUGGAGAAAGAGGUGACCAUCUACGUCCACUAUCUGGACCCGGUGAUUGUGAAUCCCAGCAAGAAAGUGACGGUGAACGUCAGCGACAGCCUUGCUUUGAGCUGUUCCGGUUCCGGAUCGAAAGCACCGGUGUUUUCUUGGAGAAAGGGAAAAGAACAUAUGGCCGAUGGUCCCGAUUUGACCCUGAGUUCUGUGAAGUACCACAUGGCCGGCAAGUAUACAUGCCGGGCUUCCGUGCCGAGCAUCCCAGGCCUGCAAAAGGAAGAGACCGUCCAGGUCAUUGUGGAAGGGAGGCCAGAGAUGGAGAAGCGCCACGCCAAGAGCCCUUUCCACAACAUGGGCGAGACCGUGAAGCUCACGUGCAUGGCUUUCGGCUAUCCUGAGCCGGAGAUUCGUUGGAGUGUGGCUGGGGAGGAGAGUGUUGGGCAGUAUUAUGCAAACAGAGCCGUCUCCGAAUUGUCGGUGGAAGUCACCCCCGAACUGGUUCAGAGUGGGGUUCAGUGUUGGGCAGAGAACAGUUACGGCUCCGACGAACAGCAGUUCCAGUUCGAGAUCGUUUCCCCAACAGCAUCUUCCACCCUGGCGCCAGCAGUGGAGGGGGAAGAGAGCCAGGGGGGCAGCACCAUCGCCGUCAUCGCCGUGUGCGUGUGCGUCCUUCUGCUGCUCCUCAUCGUCGGCUUCUUCUACUUCAUGCAACGCCGUGGCCAGCUGCCCUGCGGUGGGGGCGAAAAGAGAUCUCUGACUCCCAAAGAGGGGAAUCCUGACGACACAGUGGUGGAGAUGAAGACGGACAGGCGGAACGAACAGACGGGGCUGCUCAGCCACGGAGGAGGAGGUGGCGGGAGUGGGACAAACGAGUGCUGAGAGUCGACCGGGCAUUGUCUUGUUCCAGAGGAAGCCUCCCCGACUCCUUCAGACCCACCACGGAUGAAGAGGAUGCUCAGGCUGGCCUGUGCAAUGGGGAACGCGACCCCCCCGCCAGGCGGUCCCUUCUUUCCUUGCAGGGCAGGGAGCAUCCGUCCAUCCAGACGUUGGGGUUUGGGGGGGGGCGAAGUGUGGGAACGGUUGUGCUGCCACAGCAUCUUUCCCCUUCUCUGGUAAAAGGGCCUGCUCUUUUUAAUUUUAUUUUUUAAAAAACAUGACAGGGGCCUCCAUCCCUUGGAUUCAACGGGAGAGGCUUCCUCAAAGCACCGCCUCAUUUUUAUCCUUGCCCAGACUGCCGACCUGUUAAGCCUUUGGUGCAUGAACUAGCCUGUGCACGCCGUUAAUGCUGGCGAUAUCCACACACUGCCGUGCAAGGAAAUUCUCGAAAGAGUCUCUGGCCCAUCCGUUUUUAUUUCAUUUCACUGUUACAGAUCCGUCCCCGCCGGGCCACGCACUCACUAACCCCUUCUGAUCCAAAUGGAGU